CCGCCCUUUCCUCUCCCCAACUUUGGCAGCGUAAACUGUGUUUUGAAGUGAUUUGAUUGCUUGGUCCCUGGUAUGUGAUUUGGUUCGGAGACACCUCGGCCGCUGCACCACCCCCGACUCCUGUCUUCAUCACCGAAAGAGAAAAUAGUAAACUUCAUUUAGUUGUGUUGUCGUCGCUUUGCAUGGUGGAAGACGUCCGCUGGCUUCUCCGGGACGGAGCCACUUUAGGAAGAUCUUAUUCCCACGGAGUCUCGUCGGGAAAACGCCAACGUUUUAUCUAGCUGUGCCCGUUGUCAUUUAAAGGCAGCUGUCAAAGUUGGCCACCCUCUCGGAGCUGCAUGGCUGUGAAACGGUGUCCCGGAGUAUUUACGUGAAGUUAAAGGCUAUGUCUGUUACGCCAGGCUAAUGCGAGGGCGGGCAGGAGAUGCCUUCUGGCUAGCGGCGCUAACGUUAUCUGGACCACAGCUAGGUCGCAUGAGACGGUCUACUUAGCACAUUAGUCGCCAGCACAUUGUUGUGGUCUUGCUUUGCUUUGUUAAGACACUCCGCAGUUUGCAGACAGUCGGCGUGCACUAGAAAGGAUAGCUACGACGAGAUGCCGAAAUAGUUGUUGAUUUGUUAGCUGCAUUAAUUGUUAAAAUCACGACUCGAGUCAAUAAUAGUUUUGUUUUCUAACUCUCCAAGCACGACAUUAAGCUAGCUAGCUGUGCUGGUCAGCUAAAAUACCACAAUAACAAAGGCCAGAUGCCUGGCCCCGAUUCACUAAGACAAAACACUGGGGACUGUUGUAUGUCCAGCGUUUAUAUACUAAUGUUAAUGAACUACAAGUUGACUGAAGUUUUCACUGAAUGAUUUAACCUAGCAGGCCGGUGGACAAACAUGACUCCUAACUAAUUACUAGAACAUAACGAAAAAAGGUGCGUUAACAGGAGUUGGUGACUCUCAGCUACGGCAGCUCAGCUUGAGGUGUUUGGCAUCUGCUUAACUUGCUAAAUCACAACAAGAAGACAAAGGGGUUGACCAUGGAGGGAAAUGUACAACAACAGAAAACGACACCUUUAGCUCGGGAGCUGACGAGGAUAUUUAACAGCUACAACAAGCACACAAUUCAGCUGAAGAAGAACCUUAAGGAGACUAAUAUAUUCUUCCGGGAAAUAAGGCAAAAUUAUAGCAAUGCUUGUGCAUCAACCAUGAGCUCGGAUUCAGCUUCUCUGGAGGCAGGCCAGUUUAGCUGCAUCUCUUUCCCCAAACAUGAAGAAGAGUUCUUACACAACACUGUGGGUGCGGCCCCGUACAUCCUGAUACUAGGCCAGGACUGUGCUGCCCGCUACCAGCUGCUCAACUGCCUGCUGGGAGAGAGGCUGCUGCCACUGGGACCUGAGGCCGGAGAGGCUUGUGAAGGUGUCCAGGGUACUGCCUGUAAGAGGCGAAAGCUGUGCUUCACCCAUGGGAGACAGACACGGCUCAGUUUAGCGCUGCCAGGCCAAUAUGAGUUGGUGCACCAGCUGGCAGCUAACUGUGGUCGAUGGGACACGGUGCCCCGGGAAGAUCUGGAGAUCCAUGAUGAAUGCGAGGACCCUGCCCACAGGCUAGCCGAACUGGAGAUCACCCUGCAUCACCCACUGCUACAGGAAGCAAAGAUCAUGGUGGUACCAUGUUCAAGUGUGCAGCCCAUAGAAGAGGCCCUGGAAGACUGCACUCACAGUGUGAUCCCCGUUAUACUCUACGCCAUUAACCAGGAUUCCUUAAGCACAGAGCAGGUGACUGAGCUCAGGAAGGUCAAAGAGAUGCUCUCCUUCCCCAUCUGUUUUGUUCGUAUCCCUGACAGCAUGUCAGCAGCCUCCCCAGAAUCCAGCCGCCGUGCGGAGAAGGAAAAGGACAGGGAAAAGAGCACCCUCCACAAGCAGCUCCUCUCUCUUGACUUGCUCAGUGGCCCGACAGGAAACUGCCCGUGCGGCGCCCCUGCACAGAGUCCCACCCCGGGCGCCAAGCCCCAGAGUGUGCUGGGUGAGAAUUUUGAAAGACUGCAUCGAUUGCUGGUGCCUUUCACUCGCCAAGUACUUCAAAACCAGCAGGUGGAGGCUGCCAACCUGCUUAACGGGCUUCAUUGUCGCUGUCUAGAUCUGUUCAUCAACCAGGCCUUUGACAUGCAGAGGGACCUACAGAUAACGCCUCGCAGGCUGGAGUACACUCGUGAGAAAGAGGGUGAACUCUUCAUCUCCCUCAUGGCCAUUGCUAACCGCAAACAGGAAGAAAUGAAGGAGAUGAUUGUGGAGACCCUCAGCAGCAUGAAGGAGCAGCUACUGGAGGAUGCUGCCAACUUGGAGUUUGCAGAUGUCAUCGUAACGACUAAUGGAGAGCCUGUUACAUCAAAGGAGAUUAAAUCUUGCAUCCACCAGAUCCAGGAGCUGAUAGUGCUCCGUUUGAAUCAGGCCGUGGCGAAUAAGCUCAUCAGCUCUGUGAACUAUCUGAGGGAGAGCUUCGUAGGAACCCUGGAGCGAUGUCUCAACAGUCUGGAGAAGUCUUACAUUGAUUAUUCUGUCCACAAUAUCACUUCCAAUCACCUAAAACAGUUAUUAAAUGCUGCCUAUCAUGUGGAGGUCACCUUUCAAUCAGGUUCCUCUGUCACAAGACUCUUCUGGGAGCAAAUCAAACAGAUAAUCCACAGGAUAACGUUUGUGAACCCCCCUGCCAUCACACCAGAGUGGAAGCGGAAAGUGGCCCAGGAUGCCAUUGAAAGUCUCAGUGCUGCCAAACUGGCCAGAAGCAUCUGCUCUCAGUUCAGAACCCGCCUCAACAGCUCCCAUGAGGCCUUUGCAGCAUCCCUGCGACAGCUCGAGGAAGGGCACACGGGGCGACUGGAGCGCACUGAGGACCUGUGGCUGCGAGUGAGGAAGGACCACGCCCCUCGACUGGCCCGCCUGUCUCUGGAGAGCCGCUCCCUCCGGGAUGUGCUGCUGCAUGGCAAGCCGAAGCUCGGGCGAGAGUUGGGUCGGGGCCAGUAUGGAGUUGUGUACCUGUGUGACACCUGGGGAGGACGGUACCCGUGUGCUUUAAAGUCUGUGGUACCACCUGAUGAUAAACACUGGAACGACUUGGCUCUGGAGUUUCACUACACAAGGACUUUGCCCAAGCACGAACGGCUUGUCGACCUGCACGGCUCUGUGAUCGAUCACACCUACGGAGGCGGCUCGAGCAUCGCCGUGCUGCUCAUCAUGGAGCGGCUGCACAGAGACCUCUACACGGGCUUGAAGGCUGGUUUGUCGCUGAGGGAGAGACUUCAGAUCGCUCUGGAUGUGGUGGAGGGGAUCCGCUUCCUGCACAGUCAGGGCCUCUUGCACAGAGACAUAAAGCUGAAGAACGUUCUCUUGGACAAACAAAAUCGUGCAAAGAUCACCGACCUGGGCUUCUGUAAACCAGAGGCCAUGAUGUCUGGCAGCAUCGUUGGAACCCCCAUCCAUAUGGCUCCAGAGCUGUUUACAGGAAAGUAUGAUAACUCUGUGGACGUCUACGCCUUCGGGAUCCUUUUCUGGUACCUGUGCACCGGUUCAGUGAAACUCCCAGAAGCCUUUGAGAAAUGUUCCAGUAAGGAUCAACUCUGGAAUAAUGUUAAAAAAGGAGCCAGACCCGAGCGGUUGCCCAUUUUCGAUGAGGAGUGCUGGCAGCUGAUGGAGGCCUGCUGGAACGGUGACCCUUCCCAGAGGCCGCUUCUCGGUAUUGUGGAGCCCAGCCUGCAAAGCAUCAUGGUCCGGCUCUGCGGCUGCGACUUAGAACGGAAAAGCAGCAGCCUCGAGGACUCGUACUGAAAACACUCCAGACAAACUAACGCACGCGUGAUAAGGAUUGUGAUCAGUCAAGUAUUUUGUAUUUAUGAAGAACGGAGAAGAACCGGUGACCAAUGAAUAACCUUCAAGCUGUCCUCCUUGUUCACAGUUGUUGGAUUUACAUUAUUUAUGAGGAGUUGAUACCGACCAGAGGUUUGCAAAUAUGUGUGUUUUAUUGUUGGUGCUUUGUGUAUUUGUAUACAAACUCUGCAGUAUGCUUUGGCUGUAGCUGCCGUGCUAAUUGCUAAUUGGUCAUAGAAUUGUUACUAGAUGCAAAUUGUUUUAAAAGUAGUCCAUUCCCAGUAUUAUGAAAAAAAAUAUAUAUAAAAGAUUAAUUUUAGAUUGUAUUUAAACUGAGCAAGUUUGCAUCUAUACAAAUACAUCUUUUUUUUAAUAAAAUGAUCUGUUA